AAGAAAAUUUCUUGCUUUGCAUACAUUUAUAUAUACAAUUUAAUUUGAAGACAUUUUUAUUGCUAUAAUCGUAUCCACCGAAAUGGAGAUCGUUGAAGAACACAAGGCAUUAUUAGACCAUAUUGCUAGUGAAAAUGGAUUUACCGAAUAUGAGAUAUUAGCCAGUUCUGGAUCCAACAAAGGAGAUAACUUCUCUGGAAUUCUUACCGCUAUUACCAUCAAAAAUAAGGAAAAAAGUUUGGAUCUAAUUUUAAAGUCGUCACAUAAAAAAAGGAAAAAAGAAGCCAAAGAUUCCCAUUUUAAUGUUUAUAAAAGGGAAAUAUUGAUGUAUGAACGGGUUUUUAAGGAAUUUAAAAAGUUUCAAGAAGAACACAAUAUUCAAGAUCCAUUCGAGAGUGUACCUAAAUACUAUUCGAGUUUGGCCGAGGAAACACAUGACAGUUUAGUUUUGGAGAAUUUAAAAACACAACAAUAUGAGUUGUGGAAUAAAAAAAUCGCAAUGAAUCCAGGACAUAUCAAAGCAGUACUAAUUGAAUACGCUAAAUUUCAUGCAAUUUCACUAGCAAUGAAACAAAAAAAUCCUGAAUUAUUUAAAGCAUUGGCAGAGACUAAUCUAGAUAAUCCAAUGGAGAAGCUCUUCGGAGGUAAUAAGGAAAACGAAGCAAAGUUUAAAUCUUUUUUUACUGCAACUUUAUCUAUGGGAUAUAAAGCUGUAAAGGAUGAUAUAGCAUUAACAGAAUCUCUUAAACAAUAUGAAGGUAUAGCAUUUGAAAAUAUCUAUAAAAGUAGAAAACCAGAAUACAAUCUUGUUGUAACUCAUGGAGACUGUUGGUGUAACAAUUUUAUGUUUAAAUACCAGGAUCCAAAGGAUAAAACAGAACCCCAAAGUUUACGUGUGAUUGAUUGGCAAGCAUCUUCUUUUGGAAGUCCAUGUGGGGAUCUCGCCUAUUUCUUUGUUGCAAAUGCUUCUGAGGAGGUUCUAGAUGAUCUCCAAACUUAUCUACAUAUUUACCACGAUAAACUGUCCUCACAACUUCGUGAUUUUAAUGUGGAUCCGGAAGAAGUGUUUCCUUUCUCUACGCUUGAAAACCAUUUUAACCUUUUUAUAUCACACAGCUUGUUUCUGGCAUUGUUAAUUAUGAGAGUAACUUUAUCUGAAGCGGAUGAAAUACCUGAGCAUAAAGAAGAACCUGACAAGAAAAAAUCUGAGGAACUAUUAGUCUUAUUGGCUUCGCAAAUAAAAAACUUUGAGGAGUAUAGUAGAAGAAUAAAAGUUAUAAUAAAUUUUUUGGUUAAAAAUAAAUAUUUGUAAUAUAGAUUUUGUAAAAUACAUUUAUUGAUUCUGA